CGCCUCGAUGGUGGGCAGCCGCGCGCAGCCUCCAGUGCCAGGCGGGGGCGCCGGUUCCGCAAUCCGCCGCGUGCGGGGCUGGGACUGCUUCGCUGGCAAGACUGCGCCGAGAUCUUCGGUUGCUUGAGCCUCAGGGAUUGCCAUCUGGUGGGGACGGUCACCGAAGGACACGGGGUCCCCUCACGGGCUCUGGUGCUCUGCACCCGGUGGAGCGGCAUUGCUUUUUCCCCCGCCCCCUCACCUGGCCUCAGGUUCGCCAAACGUUUUCAUUUUGUAGCGUCUUUUCGACAGGCAUCCCGGAGAGAAUCUUCAAGAAAAGGAAAGGCAAAGCUAUAGCCUGUAGCAAAGAUAACAGCAUCAAUGUCAUCUUCCCUGGAGCCAUCCUCAAAUAUGGCCGCUGUCUCUGUGAAUUCCUUCACGUUUGAUUUCACCUUCACCAAGCCAGAAAUUAUACAAUUUGGCAGAAAGUCAUUUACCGUUGGAUGCUGACUCAGAGCUCUGUGAAUGACGAUAAAGAAGGAGAAAUCAAGAGAGAUCAUGAGAGGGAACGAUCAUUACCAUGGAUCCAUCUACGCCCUUAUCAGCUGGAGGGAGUCAACUGGCUAGCCCAACGCUUCCAUUGUCAGAAUGGCUGCAUACUGGGAGAUGAGAUGGGCUUGGGUAAGACCUGCCAGACUAUUGCUCUCUUCAUUUACUUGGCGGGAAGAUUAAACGAUGAAGGACCAUUUCUGAUUCUUUGUCCCUUGUCUGUUUUGAGCAACUGGAAAGAAGAGAUGGAGAGAUUUGCUCCAGGUCUUUCCUGUGUAACAUAUUCAGGUGACAAGGAGGAGAGAGCCCACCUACAGCAAGACCUAAGGCAGGAGUCACGUUUUCAUGUGCUGCUAACUACCUAUGAGGUUUGCUUGAAAGAUGCAUCGUUUCUAAAGUCCUUCCCUUGGAGUGUUCUUGUUGUGGAUGAAGCUCACAGGUUGAAAAACCAAAGCUCCUUGCUGCAUAAGACACUUUCAGAGUUUUCAGUCGUCUUCAAUCUCCUGUUGACCGGAACUCCCAUCCAGAACAGCCUUCGAGAGCUCUACUCUCUCCUCAGUUUUGUGGAGCCUGAUCUCUUUUCCAAGGAGCAGGUGGAAGAUUUCAUUCAGCGUUACCAGGAUAUUGAGAAAGAGUCUGAGUCAGCAAGUGAACUAUACAAACUCUUGCAGCCAUUUCUGCUGAGGCGAGUGAAAGCUGAGGUAGCCACAGAGCUUCCCAAGAAGACGGAAGUAGUGAUAUACCAUGGCAUGUCAGCACUGCAGAAAAAAUACUACAAGGCCAUUUUGAUGAAAGACCUAGACGCGUUUGAAAAUGAGAUGGCAAAGAAAGUUAAACUUCAGAAUGUCUUGUCCCAGCUUCGAAAGUGUGUGGAUCACCCAUAUUUAUUUGAUGGUGUGGAACCAGAGCCUUUUGAAAUUGGAGAUCACCUGAUUGAGGCCAGUGGGAAACUUCACCUGCUGGAUAAGCUGCUGGCAUUCCUGUAUUCCAAGGGCCAUCGAGUUUUACUUUUCUCCCAAAUGACCCAGAUGUUGGAUAUUCUCCAAGACUACAUGGAUUAUAGAGGCUACAGCUAUGAGCGUGUGGAUGGCUCUGUGAGAGGAGAAGAGAGACACCUGGCCAUCAAGAACUUUGGACAGCAGCCCAUCUUUAUUUUUCUCCUGAGUACCAGGGCAGGUGGAGUUGGCAUGAACUUAACGGCGGCAGAUACCGUUAUUUUUGUUGACAGUGAUUUCAAUCCUCAGAAUGACUUGCAAGCAGCUGCCAGGGCUCACCGAAUUGGCCAGAACAAGUCCGUUAAAGUCAUUCGGCUGAUUGGCCGAGACACUGUGGAAGAAAUAGUCUGUAGGAAAGCAGCCUCCAAGCUGCAGCUCACCAGCACGAUCACAGAAGGGGGCCAUUUUACUCUGGGAGCCCAGAAACCUGCUGCGGAUGCUGACCUCCAGUUGAGUGAGAUACUCAAAUUCGGUUUGGAUAAACUGCUGUCCUCUGAGGGGAGCACCAUGGAUGAAAUAGACCUGGAGUCUAUCCUGGGAGAAACAAAAGAUGGCCAGUGGAUCUCUGGUGCCCUGCCGACAGCAGAAGAAAGAAGCAGAGAACAAGAGGAAGGAAAAAACCACAUGUACUUAUUUGAAGGUAAAGAUUAUUCUAAGGAGCCUAGUAAAGAAGACAGAAAAUCAUUUGAGCAACUGGUGAAUCUUGAGAAAACCCUUUUGCAGAAGACUAGUCAAGAGGGCCGGUUACUCCGAAAUAAAGGCAGUGUUCUCAUCCCAGGCCUUGUGGAGGGGUCUACCAAAAGGAAGCGGAUUCUGAGCCCAGAAGAGCUGGAGGACAGGAGGAAGAAAAGACAAGAAGCAGCAGCCAAGAGAAAGAAACUAUUAGAGGAGAAGAAGAGGAAAAAGGAAGAAGCAGAACAUAAGAAAAAGAUGGCCUGGUGGGAGUCCAACGAUUACCAGUCCUUCUGCCUGCCUUCCGAGGAGAGCGAACCAGAGGACCUGGAGGACUGGGAAGAUGAGCGCUCUGCCCAACUGGAUUAUGAGGACCCAGACUCGACCUCCAUCAAGUAUGUAAGCGGUGAUGUCACCCACCCACAGGCUGGGGCGGAGGAUGCUGUCAUCGUGCACUGCGUAGAUGACUCUGGCCGCUGGGGCAGAGGUGGUUUAUUCACAGCUCUGGAAAAAAGAUCUGCUGAGCCAAGAAAAAUAUAUGAGCUGGCUGGGAAAAUGAAAGAUUUGAGUUUGGGAGGUGUCCUUUUAUUUCCUAUUGAUGAUAAAGAGUCAAGAAACAAAGGGCAAGAUUUGUUGGCCUUGAUUGUGGCCCAGCACCGUGAUCGCGCCAAUGUCCUGUCUGGCAUUAAGAUGGCAGCCCUAGACGAGGGCCUGAAGAAGAUAUUUUUAGCAGCAAAGAAAAAGAAAGCAAGUGUCCAUCUUCCACGCAUUGGACAUGCCACGAAAGGUUUUAACUGGUAUGGUACUGAGCGACUUAUUCGGAAACACUUGGCCUCAAGAGGCAUCCCAACUUACAUCUACUACUUUCCUAGAAGCAAGGCUGCCAUCCUUCAUCCACAGGCCUCAUCUUCCUCCUUAGGACAGCUGGUGCCUUAACAAUCGGCUCAGCAUCAGAUCCAGCCUUCAGCAGCCAGCUGAGAUGUUUGCUCAAAGCUACUGUAAUUGAAUAUUUCAAAAAGGAAUCAGGAUCUGGUGGGCCUCUGAGCUACUCUGUUUUCUGAAUUCUAAUUUUGUUCUCCUGGAUGUGCUACUGAUGUGGUACGUGUAAUACAGGGAUGCACGAGAUAGUUGGGAAAAUCCUUUGGCAGCUUGCCAGGGCCCCAGUUUGCACAGCUAUUUGCCUAAUAAUAAAUACAUUUUCUAUCUCUAA